CUGGCGCUGUAACUGCUCCGUAUGGCUAACUGAAUUAAUCCCACCUAGCAAGCUGCUCCCUCUCAUCAACUUCCUUCUUCCUCCCUCAAUAUCCCGUCAUCGGAGCUAUUCACUUACUUCCUUCUUUCUCCUUCUCCUCCUCCUCCUCCCUUUUCCUAUAAGUGCAUCUUUGCUCAUCAUGUGGCCGUUUCUGUCUCCUAUGCUUCUAUCAUUAUUAUGCUUUUUUCUAUCCUCAAGCGUCGUCAAUUCCUCGCCACCCCCCCAGCCAUCAUCUGCUGAUGUCUUCUACUGGCCCGUCGCAGCUUCUGAACCUUCUUUACUGGCCCAGAUAUCAUAUAACUCGACUUCUAUGAACUCAGAGUUGGUCACCUAUUCGCCUCCGACUCUCGCUCACGCACAACAGUCGUCGGACUUGAUUCGCAUCGGUUUCUUCGCAAUCAACACUUCAGGCUCCAAGCACUGGGUCGGAACUGCUACUUCCUGGUCGUCGUUCUUUGGAGAUGAGGACAACCGCCCUGUCCUUCGACUUUACAUCGAGUCGCCUUCUGAGGACGAAUUGUAUCACGUUGCUCUAGUAUCCUCUACUACCUUCGCUGAUUUCUCGACUCUGGUCAGCCCUCGAGUGGAACUAGUAUCGAACGAGGCUGGCCCACGUCCGCACCUAAAUCAACCUGUCAUUAUCGGCCCGGACGGAAAGAACGCAGACGAAGUUGUCGAGAAGACAUUUUUCCAGAAGUACUGGUGGAUUUUCCUCAUCGUCACAUUUCUCGCCAUGUCUGGUGGAGGGGAGGCGCAGUAGUCCCCUGGGCGUCCACGCUCAUUUGUACACUUGGAAUAGCCACCUACCCGCUCCAGCCGCAUCGUGAAUCACCCCCACUCCUCAGCCGUCGGAAAAUCGCACCCGUAGGACGUCGUGUGCCUUGCCCAUCAUAUAUCCAUCACCGCAUGCGCCCCCUCGUCCUCUCCCAACGCGGAUGCGCGUCGCAAGCUCUAGUCGCAUCCUAGCUAGGUUAAGGGUAGGAUGCCUGUGGGCCAUACCAGAUGUU